AUGACGACGCGCGAAGAGAAGGUGAUAAAUUUUCUAAAGUCUAAUCCACAAUUCCUUGAAGAUUAUGUUAUUGGACCAAACGUAUCGAAGGCAAUGUUUCAUAAUUGGGCUUUAAAACGUGAUCAGAAUAAUCAAGCAACGAGUCAUAAAAAAGCUACAACAGGAAUUUUUAAUCCAUUAAUACAUCAAAUUUUUAUCGCAGAAAAUGCUGGAAAUACAGCUAUAAUGCUAUAUGAAAUCGCAUCAGCAUGUGCACAACUUAUAAGCGUGAAUCGCUUCGAUGUACUUAUCCGAAACGAAGAAGGACCAUUUUUUAUUGUUCGUAAUAAGAAUUCUGUAAUGCUUAAGAAAACUACAAAAGCUCGAAAGCCAGCUAUCUCAUCAAUUAAGCUCACUGACUGUUCAGGGACGACUUUAGGUAAAUAUCGUUUUAAAUAUCGUUUUUCGCAGUCGAUAUUUCAGGAUAUAGUCAGUAUGGACGCAGUUAUUAUGAAAGUUAUGAAUUUCGCUCAAAAACUUACUAAUGCUGAUCGUGCCUCACUAUUCUUAGUCGACCAUAAAACAAAUGAACUGUAUGCACGAAUUUUCGACGUCGGAACAGAUAAUAAGGAAGACGUGGUUCUUGAUGAGCAUGGCCACAAAGAAAUCAGGUUUCCCUUUGGGAAAGGUAUCGCUGGGUAUGUUGCAUCAACUGGUAAAGGUUUAAAUAUCCAGAAUGCUUAUGAUGAUGAUCGGUUUAACAAUGAAAUUGAUUUAAAGACGGGCUAUAAAACUCAAACUAUCCUUUGCAUGCCAAUUUUCAUUCGAGGAACGGUAAUUGGUGUAGUCCAAAUGGUUAACAAGGCAAAUGGACCUUUCACAAAACAAGAUGAAAGAGCCUUCGAAACUUUUGCUGUGUACUGCGCUUUAGCACUUCAUCACGCGAAAUUGUAUGAUAAAAUCAAGCGAUCUGAAAAGAAGUACCGAGUAGCACUUGAAGUUCUUACUUAUCAUAGUACUUGCACCAGAGAGGAAGUUGAAAAAUUAAACAGCCUGAAAAUGGAAAUUAAGGAUCGAAUAGUGGAAAUAGAAACAAUCGAUAUUGAUGUUCGGCAAUUGAGUGACAUGAAAAAGCCGCUUUAUGCAAUUUACAUGUUCCAAGAUUUGUUCGAUGGCAUCGUUAGAUUCGAUCAUGACGAUCUCGUUCGCUUUGUUCUAACAGUUCGUAAAAAUUAUAGAAAUGUUGCAUAUCACAACUGGGAACAUGGAUGGACAGUAGCUCAUGCCAUGUAUCUUAUAUUAAAAGUUACCAACAUAUUUGAUGCUUUAGAGUCAUUGGGGCUAUAUGUGGCAUGUCUUUGUCAUGACCUGGAUCACAGAGGGCGGAACAAUGCUUAUAUGAAAUCAAUGAGUGCCCCAUUAGCAGCAAUGUAUUCCACAUCGGUUAUGGAACACCAUCAUUUUAAUCAAACUGUUACUAUUUUGCAGCAGGACGGCCACAAUAUUUUCAAGUCACUCUCAUCACGGGAAUAUAAAAUGGUUUUGAAAUUAAUAAAACACUGUAUCUUAGCAACCGAUCUAGCACUGUUCUUCGUAAAUAAAGCAAAAAUGAAAGUAAUUAUAGAUCAAACGGAAUUUGAUUGGAAUAUUCCAGAUCACAGGUCUCUAAUGGAAUCAAUUAUCAUGACCGGUUGUGAUCUAAUCGCAUCCGCAAAGCCGUGGUCUGUCCAAACAGAAAUUGUUAAAGUUAUCUUCCAAGAAUUUUAUGAACAGGGUGACGCAGAAAGAGAAAGCGGGAAAGAACCCAUAGCAAUGAUGGAUCGAAAUCGAGCUCAUGAACUUCCGAAGAUGCAAGUCGAAUUCAUGACGGGAAUUUGUAUACCAUGCUAUGAAAUAAUCAGUAAAGUUGUACCCGAAUCUGCAGUAUUAUUCGAAAGAUGCUGGCAUAAUUCAAAGAAAUGGAAAGAAAUCGCAGAUGAACAAAAUGCAUUAUCUUCCGAGCAUUGA